AUGGCUACUAGAACAGUUGCUAGAAUGGGAAAAGCAGUUGAAAAGAGUGAUGGAUAUAAUCCUUUGAUACGUGAAAAACAUAGUCCAAUAGAUCAGUAUGUGCGUCUUACACCGACAAGGAAAACGGCGGUUGCACAGAUUAAUUGCAGCGAAGUAUGUCCACAAGAGGUGAAGAGCGAAAAACCGAAACCCGUGAUUGCCAAACCAAAGAAAAGCCACGACCAAAUAAAGCCAGUGAACACAAAAGUCGUCUGCAGUGAAAUAUGCCCACAAAAAGUGAUACCACCUUCCGUGACAAAAACAGAAAGUAAUAAACAUACGAACAGUGACAUGUAUCCAUACAACAAAUAUAACAGUUAUGGAAUGGAAUGGGCAGCAAUUGUUGACGAAUUAGAAUGGUCUAACUCCCAUCGAACUGGAAAAACGACAAAACAAAGAACACCUUUCGAUGCCGAUGAAGGCUCCCUUGGAAUGACAUCACCAGAAAAGACAAGAGUGAAGUUCUAUGACAAGAAAGCAAUCCAGAAAGGGAGCUUCAUCCAUCUAGUUGUUGAGACAUUUGACGAAAAUGGCCGUAAGAGAGACAAAGGUGGUGAUUAUUUUUCAUCCGUUAUGUCAAAUAUUAAUAUGCAGAAAAGCACAGCGGGUCGUACAGUCGACUAUGGAAAUGGGACAUACUCUGUAUAUUUAUAUGCAGCAUGGACCGGAAAGGCUGAUAUCACUAUUGCACUAACUCAUACCAGAGAAGCUAUCAAUUAUCUAAAAGAUGUUCAACUGGUCCAUGAUCUCUUACGUACACACAUGACUUACAAUGAUAGUACUAAAAGUGAAACGAUCGAGUGUGGUCUUAUCACUGAAGGAGUGUGGACAAACAAAUGUGAAUACAGCAAUCCCAACGCUAUGGGAGACACAAAAAUCAUCUGCGAUAAACCAAAAGGUCUACAAUGCGAUCAAGUACACCAUAUGCAUGGUUCAGGUAAAAUGCUGGAUGACAUUAUAAAAAAACAAUCUGAAGGUUAUCAAUACCUAUUUAGCAGGAGAUAUACUAACGGGAUUAUUCACGGCAUGCCAUUAUCAAUAAAGAUAUUAGAUGGUUACUGGGAUGAUAACAAUACAUUUGUUCCUCUGGUGUGUCGUAGCAAGCAGUGGUCAGUCGAAGAAGCUGACAAAUGUUUGUCGGAUACAGAGUUUGUAGUGAGCGGAGAUUCUACAAUUUGGCAAUUUGGCAAUAUAAUGAACCGACAUUUUCAUAAGAAGUUUGUUAAUAUUAUGGUUGUGCCACGUUUUGGAGGUCCUCCUAGUUAUUUCUGGGAUUUGAUACUUGAAAGUGACUUGAUGGACACUAUCACAAUUGAAAAAUGCCGUGCUAAGACUCCCGUAGUUGUACUCAAUUUCAGUUUUCACUAUGGAGUGUGGUCUACUCGGUCUUAUUUACAACGAAUCUACCGCGCCAAGUUAGCAAUUGAUAGAUUGAUAGAAAGAUGUCCCAAAUCCAAAGUAGUGAUUAAACUAGCACAUGCCCGGGACAACGUUUACUUGGAGCAAUCUAUCCAUAGCAGUAAUUGGAUUUUUUAUAACAUGAACAGAAUGGUUCGUCGUGUAUUCUGGGGAAGUGGUGUGAUCUUUCUUGAUGUAUGGGAUAUGGCACUUUCUGCCCCUUACACAAAUACAGUUCAUAUGGCUAGUCAAGUAUUAUUCCAAGAAUUACAUUUGAUGUUUUCCUAUAUUUGUCCCCACUUAGUUAGUUAG